GUUUGAGUGGGCGCUUCGCAGUGGAUUCCCUGCUGUCUAUGGCAGACUUGAAGGGACACAGGUCUACAAAAUGCGAAGAUCGGCCGCCCCAAGUCAACUCUCUGGGAAUCCAGCAAAGAAACCUCGUUUUAUACCUCCUGGAAAAGUUAAUGCAGCAUGCCCAGAUACAGAAACCAAACAUUCUAUAACUGAUUCGACGGAUAAAAAAGAAUUGUCUUCAAGAGCCUUUGAAGAAAGAUGUGGGCUGAACACAGUGCUUCCCAGGGCAGAAGGGAGUGCGCAGCCUUUGAGCAGCAAUAAAACAGCCAUUAUGACAAGUGUUCCAGUGUGUAGAUCUGUGGCUGGUGCAAUAAAAGAACACAAGAAUGAGGUGGAAGAAAGCAGCUCUUUUGCAAAGUAUUUCAGUGUUGUUUGGUGCAAGGCCUCCAAGAAGAAGCACAAGAAGUGGGAAGGAGAUGCCGUCCUAAUCGCUAAAGGGAGAGCAGUGACAUUAAAGGACAUGGAGGGAAAAGAUAUUGGAAAAGGUACGGGGUACAAGAUAAAAGACCUUGAAAGCCUGGAAGAAGGUCACACUCUGAUGAUUGGUGGGAAAGAAAUAGAAGUAAUGUCUAUAAUGUCUCCUGAAGAUUACAACAGUGGCCGAUGUUUCCAUUCCGUAGUAACAUCACCAGCAUCUACCCCUUCAGAAUCUAUUCAAAUGAAGCCCUUCACUAACCCACUGAGAAAUGACCGUAAGGGUGCUAGCAAGGAAAAUAUGUUUAAAGAGCUUCAGAAUAUCAAACCUCGUCAUGAUCCUUGUGCUCCGAAUGCUUUUGUUAUGCCAAAACCAACGCAGCAUCACCAGUGGGCUUAUAAUAAGACUGGCCUGCCAAUCGUAGAUGUGGUGGUGGAUCCCUAUUUAGCUGUUCAUCUUAGACCUCAUCAGAAAGAAGGCAUUCUCUUUCUUUAUGAAUGUGUGAUGGGAAUGAGGGUUAAUGAGCGGUUUGGCGCUAUCCUUGCUGAUGAAAUGGGUCUGGGGAAGACCCUGCAGUGCAUCUCCCUGAUCUGGACACUGAUCCGUCAGGGCCCAUAUGGAGGCAAACCUGUUAUAAAGAAAGCACUCAUUGUCACGCCAGGUAGUCUGGUGAAAAACUGGAGGAAGGAAUUCCAGAAGUGGCUGGGAACAGAGCGUAUCCGAGUAUUCGCAGUAGACCAGGAUCACAAAGUGGAAGAGUUCAUGAAAUCCCCUCUUUAUUCGGUGCUCAUAAUAAGCUAUGAGAUGCUGUUACGCUGUCUGGAACAAAUACAAAGCCUAGAUUUUGACGUAGUAAUUUGUGACGAGGGUCACCGCUUAAAGAACACGUCUAUAAAAACUACAAGCGCUCUGGCCAGUCUAACUUGCAGCAAGCGAAUAAUAUUGUCCGGCACUCCAGUUCAGAAUGAUCUCCAGGAGUUUUUUGCACUGAUUGAGUUUGUUAACCCUGCCGCACUUGGCUCUUUGUCCACGUACAGAAAAAUAUUUGAAGAGCCAAUUAUUAGGUCUCGGGAGCCAACAGCAACAACUGAAGAGAAGAAUCUGGGAGAAGAACGAGCAGCCGAACUAGCACGACUGACAGGUCUUUUUAUACUUAGAAGGACCCAAGAGGUCAUAAAUAAAUUCCUGCCUCCGAAAAUCGAAAGCAUCGUCUUCUGCCGCCCAUCUCAAUUCCAGCUUGAUCUGUACAGAAAGCUUCUGAACUCACGCACUGUUAAAUCUUGUCUGCUGGGAAGUGGAGAAAGCAGCCCCCACCUGGUGUGCAUUGGCGCGCUUAAAAAACUGUGCAACCAUCCAUUUCUGCUGUUCCGAACUAUCCAGGGUAAAAGCACAAAUCCUGAUCAGGAUGAACACAAUCUGUAUGAAAGUGUAGCUGAAGUUUUCCCCCAGGAUUUUGACGGUUCUAAAAUUUCAGAGUCAGAGUCUGGAAAGCUACUGGUCCUGAGUAAGCUGCUGUCUAGAAUACGGGAACUUAGCCCAUCUGAGAGGGUGGUAUUGGUCUCAAAUUAUACACAGACCCUCAACAUAUUGCAAGACCUGUGUAAUCAGCAUGGAUACAGUUGCACAAGGCUGGAUGGGCAGACCCCGGUUACACAGAGACAGCACAUUGUUGAUGGAUUUAACAGCAAAUACUCCACAGACUUCAUCUUCUUGCUGAGUUCCAAGGCUGGAGGUGUUGGCCUCAAUCUGAUCGGUGCUUCUCAUUUGAUUCUGUAUGACCUCGACUGGAAUCCUGCAAAUGAUAUACAGGCAAUGGCUCGAGUGUGGAGGGAUGGACAGCGGCACACUGUGCAUAUUUACCGGCUUCUCACAACAGGUUCAUUAGAGGAAAAGAUCUACCAGAGGCAGAUAAGUAAGCAAGGCCUGUCUGGUGCUGUCGUGGACUUGACAAAGAAAUCCGAACACAUCCGCUUUUCCUUAGAUGAGCUGAGAAAUCUAUUUACUCUGCAUGAAGAUACAGAUUGUGUGACUCACGAUCUACUGCAAUGUGACUGCACAAUCACAAACUGCCAUUCAGAUGGUUCGCCUCAAAAGCCGUUAAUCCAUAGGAGUUGUCAGCUUGGAUUACACCAGGAUCAGCUUAAUAAGAAUUUUUCCAUGUCUGAGCUCAUGCAGUGGAAACAUUUCUCUGGGCAGCAGAAUACGGAAGAUCCCUUUCUGCAAAUGGGAAAAGAACAUAUUUCUUUCGUUUUUCAGAAUACAACAAACAGCCAAGUAAACCCAACGUCUGAACUUUCUCCUGCCUCGUGACCGUUCUUUUUCACCUUAUGUAGUAUAACUGCUUGGCCAUUGCCACUGGUAGUUCCCCUCACUGAACCCCACUCUAUUAGCCCCAAUGGAACUGCUGUUGGCUGCACUGUUCAUCAAACACAUGUUGUUAUUGUUAUUUUGUUUCUAUUGUUUUCAUAGCGGCAGAGGUCACACAUCCCAGAACAGCAGCCUAGUGUUUCUUUGCACAGCGGGUACCUGUAACUCUGGUCUGGACCGGUACGGCAGUAACUGGCGCAGCUGGCCGUAGCCAUCGAGCCCACACCUUGUAACUGGCCACUUCACAAACUUGCUGCCAUAGCUCUGCCAGUAGGGGCUUUACCCUACUAUAUACUUAUAGCAAGUACAGAGUUGCUCUUUUACAUAAAUGUAGCGACAUCAGAAGAACAGUAGAUGGCACUAGAGGUAAUUGUCACAAACUUUAUAAAAUAAUUUUCAAAGUCCUGACAUCUUACUCAUAUUCAGACAGAUAUCAUUUUUUUGACAGUGACAGAUUAGUUUUGUUUUACCUGUACAGGCCAGGCAACCUUUCAUCACUUUGGUUUAGCACCAGAUUUAUAGAAUGUAUAUGGCUGGCAUUUAUAUGUUCCUCACAUUAAGGAACAUUUUAUAUUCCUGUUAUGUGGGGCUUUUCUUGUUAAGUAAAGCAAGGUUAUGUGAC